UCAAAAAAAAAAACAUCUCAUUUCUUCAAGCGCCUCCCCCUCCUCCAUCGAGAAGAAGAAACCACACCAAAGACACAGCCAUGCCUCCGAAGUUGGACCCGACCGCGAUCGUCGACGUGUACGUCCGCGUAACCGGAGGAGAAGUCGGAGCAGCGAGUUCCCUAGCUCCCAAGAUCGGACCCCUCGGUCUCGCUCCCAAGAAGAUCGGAGAAGACAUCGCGAAGGAGACCGCCAAGGAGUGGAAAGGUCUCCGCGUCACCGUCAAGCUGACGGUGCAGAACCGUCAGGCGAAAGUGACGGUGGUUCCGUCGGCGGCGGCGCUGGUGAUCAAGGCGCUGAAGGAGCCGGAGAGGGACAGGAAGAAGGUGAAGAACAUUAAGCACAACGGGAACAUUUCGUUCGAUGACGUGAUUGAGAUCGCGAGGGUCAUGAGGCCGAGGUCUAUCGCCAAGGAGCUGAGCGGGACCGUGAGGGAGAUUCUCGGGACUUGUGUUUCCGUUGGGUGUACUGUUGAUGGGAAGGAUCCGAAGGAUAUCCAGCAGGAGAUUCAAGAAGGUGAGGUUGAGAUUCCUGAGAAUUGAGAGAGAGAGAGAAAAAAAGGAGACGGAACUUUGAGAGAUGUGUUGUUGUGUUCGGUUCUUUGUUUUAGCUUCUAUGUUUCGGUUAAGGACAAGUCGGUUUUGGUUUUGUUGUUUUGUUUUAUGCUAUGCUUUGAUACUUUCGAUGAGCUUUUUUAAAUUGGAAUGGUUGAAACUUUGGCCUAGGAA